GCCGACGUCUCCAUCAAUGUCGUCUCAUCCGCAUCCGAAUCGGAACGCAGAAUCUCACCCGCAUGGACUUUAGCCCAGUUCAAGACCCGCCUGGAACCUAUCACGGGGAUCCCGAGCGGCUCGCAGAAGCUCGAGCUGCGUUCUGACGUCGCUUCGGUCGAGCUCAGUGCACCCGACGACGAUGCAGUUAUGUUGGCUGCUUUCCCACUCCGGGAAUACAACGAGAUAUAUGUCCACGAUCUCCGGCCUCCGUCUGCUCGUCCCAACUACACCGACCUCUCCGCCGUCGAAAAAUACAUUAUGCCCGAGGACACCUACGCCUCCCUCUCCGACUCCGUACUCCGGUACAAGCAAACCAACAAACUCGGCCGCUUCGCCCCCACCGACCCAUCCACCGCCGGUCCCUCUCCCGCCGGUCCCUCUCCCGCCGAUCUCCACGCCGCGUCCAUCCAGGACCGCAACAUCACCGUCGGUGCGCGGUGUUUCGUCGGCGGCGAUGAGGCGCGCCGGGGCACGGUGAAGUUCGUUGGGGCGGUGCCGCAGUUGCCUGGACCGGAGGGCGCGCCGUGGGUGGGGGUGGAGCUGGAUGAGCCGACGGGGAAGAAUGAUGGGAGGGUGGCGGGGAAGCGGUAUUUCGAUUGUGGGGAGAAGAGAGGGGCGUUUGCAAGGGGGGAUAGGAUUACGGUGGGGGAUUACCCGGAGUUGGGGUUGGAUUUCGGGGAGGAGAUGGAGGAGAUUUAG